AUGUUCCACCGUCGUCGCCCAGCUACUACCACCACUCGCGAGUCUAAACCCUCGCUGAUGACUCGUCUCCGUGGCCCCGGUGCUCGAAAGCAGACCGUGAAGACUAAGACCACCACUACCCGCCACGGACCCACCACCACCACCCGUCACGGCCCUUCGACUCAUCGCACCACCAAGCGACACUGGGGAACCACUACCCCUCAACAUCACCACCGCAAGGUCACUAUGGGUGAUAAGGUCUCUGGAGCCAUGUUGAAGUUGAAAGGAAGCUUGACUCAUCGUCCCGGUGUCAAGGCUGCCGGAACUCGUCGCAUGCACGGCACUGAUGGCCGCGGUAGUCAUGCUCACCGAGUUUACUAG